UCAGCUCCCGCCUGGCAGGGAGGGGCGGGGUCACUGAUUCAGUUAAUAGCACCUCUUAAAGCCCCCACAAGGGCAGCUGCAGCCAGACACUGCUACUCUCACCAUGAGCCCCUGGCAGUCCCUGGUCCUGGCGCUCCUGGCACUGGGCUGCUGCUCUGCUGCCCCCAGACGGCACCAGCCCACCGUGGUGGUCUUCCCAGGAGACCUGCGACCCAACCUCACCGACAGGCAGCUGGCAGAGGAAUAUCUGUACCGCUAUGGCUACACUCGUGUUGCCGAGAUGACUGACGAUAAUCUGUCCAUGGACCGGGCGCUGCGGCAGCUCCAGAGGCGCCUGGCCCUGCCAGAGACUGGCCAGCUGGACAGCACCACCCUGGAGGCCAUGCGUGCCCCGCGCUGCGGCGUCCCAGACGUGGGCCAAUUCCAGACCUUUGAGGGCGACCUCAAGUGGCACCACCAGGACAUCACGUACUGGAUCCAAAACUACUCGGAAGACUUGCCGCGCGACGUGAUCGACGACGCCUUUGCCCGCGCCUUCGCCGUGUGGAGCGAGGUGACGCCGCUCACCUUCACCCGCGUUUACGGCCCGCCGGCCGACAUCGUCAUCCAGUUUGGCGUCAGGGAGCACGGAGACGGGUAUCCCUUCGACGGGAAGGACGGGCUCCUGGCACACGCCUUUCCUCCCGGCCCCGGCAUUCAGGGAGACGCCCACUUCGACGAUGAAGAGUUGUGGUCUCUGGGCAAGGGCGCGGUGGUUCCCACGUACUUCGGAAACGCAGAUGGCGCCGCCUGCCACUUCCCCUUCACCUUCGAGGGCCGCUCCUACUCCUCUUGCACCGCGGACGGCCGCUCCGACGGUAUGCUCUGGUGCAGCACCACGGCCGACUAUGACACCGACCGCCGGUUUGGCUUCUGCCCCAGCGAGAGACUCUACACCCAGGACGGGAAUGCGGACGGCAAGCCCUGUGUGUUUCCCUUCACCUUCGAGGGUCGCUCCUACUCCACCUGCACCACCGCCGGCAGAUCCGAUGGCUACCGCUGGUGCGCCACCACUGCCAACUAUGACCAGGACAAGCUCUAUGGCUUCUGCCCAACCCGAGUUGACUCCACAGUGAGCGGGGGCAACUCGGCGGGGGAGAUGUGCGUCUUCCCCUUCAUCUUCCUGGGCAAGGAGUACUCGGCCUGUACCAGAGAAGGCCGCAGUGAUGGGCGCCUCUGGUGUGCCACCACCUCAAACUUUGACAGCGACAAGAAGUGGGGCUUCUGUCCGGACCAAGGAUACAGCCUGUUCCUUGUGGCAGCGCACGAGUUCGGCCACGCACUGGGUUUAGAUCACUCAUCCGUGCCAGAGGCACUCAUGUACCCCAUGUACAGCUUCACCGAGCAGCCCCCCCUGCAUAAGGAUGAUGUGAAGGGCAUCCAACAUCUCUAUGGUCCUCGCCCUGAACCUGAGCCCCAGCCUCCAACCACCACCACACGUGAACCCCAGACGACAGUCUGCCUCACAGGGCCUCCCCCUACUCGCCCUGCAGAGCGCCCCACUGCUGCCCCCACAGGCCCCCCUUCAGCUGGCCCCACAGGGCCCCCCAGUGCUGGCCCUCCCACGGUCCCUACAGUGCCUUUGGGUCCAGAGGAAGAUGUCUGCAACGUGAACAUCUUCGACGCCAUUGCGGAGAUCGGGGAUCAUCUGCAUUUCUUCAAGGAUGGGAGGUACUGGCGAUUCUCUGAGGGCAAGGGACGCCAGGUGCAGGGCCCCUUCCGUAUCAGGGACACGUGGCCUGCGCUGCCGCACAAACUGGAUUCCGCCUUUCAGGAGCCACUCACCAAGAAGAUUUUCUUCUUCUCUGGCCGCCUAGUGUGGGUGUACACGGGCAAGUCGGUGCUAGGCCCCAGGCGUCUGGACAAGCUGGGCCUGGGCCCCCAGGUGGCCCAAGUCACCGGGGCCCUCCCGCGCGGCGAGGGUAAUGUGCUGCUGUUCACCGGGCAGCGCUUCUGGAGGUUCAACGUGAAGACGCAGAUCGUGGAACCCAGGAGCGCCAGCCGCGUGGACCAGAUGUUCCUCGGCGUGCCCUUCAACGCGCACAACAUCUUCCAGUACCGAGAGAAAGCUUACUUCUGCCAGGACAGCUACUACUGGCGUGUGAGUUCCCGGGAUGAGGUGAACCAGGUGGACCAAGUGGGCUAUGUGACCUUCGACCUCCUGCAGUGCCCCGAAGACUAGGGCUCCCCAUCCUGCUUCAGCACUGCAGUGUGGGUCCCCAUGGGGGGCCAUCCCGAUGGAGAAGGAGCCAGUUUGCCGGUUACAAACUGGGGGGUCUGUUCUGGACGACAGAGAGGAGGGGAGGUGGGCUGAGCCCUCUCUUCCCGCUUCUCUUUUUGUUGGAAUGUUUUUAAUAAACUUGAAUUCUCUAA